AUGUGGAAAGGAAUAACAUGGGAAGAUCAUGAUAUUGAAGAUCAGUACAAAGACCUGGGGAGAAAACUCCGACAUGGAAGAACUCAUACAGGAGAGAAACCCUACGAAUGUAAGCAGUGCGGUAAAGCAUUCACUUCUUCCAGUUAUCUUCGAAUCCAUGAAAGAAUUCACACUGGAGAGAAGCCCUUUAAAUGUAAAAUAUGUGGCAAAGCCUUCAUUUCUACCUGUCCUCUCUCAAUACAUGAAAGAACUCACAUGGGAGGGAAACCCUACAAAUGUGAAAAAUGUGGUAAAGCAUUCACUUCUUCCAGUUAUCUUCAAAUUCAUGGAAGAAUUCAUACUGGAGUGAAACUCUAUGAAUGUAAAAAAUGCAGUAAAGCCUACACUUCUUCCAGUUAUCUUAAAAUACAUGAGAGAACCCACACUGGAGAGAAACCCUUUAAGUGUAACAUAUGUGGUAAAGCCUUCAUUUCUACCAAUUGUCUCUCAGUACAUGCAAGAAGUCACACUGGAGAGAAACCCUAUGAAUGUGAAAAAUGUGGUAAAGCAUUCACUUCCUCCAGUUACCUUCAAAUACAUGGAAGGAUUCAUACCGGAGAGAGACCCUAUGAAUGUAAAACGUGCCGUAAAGCAUUCACUUCUUCCGGUCAUCUUAAAAAACAUGAAAGAAUUCACACUGGAGAGAAACCCUUUGAAUGUAAAAAAUGCAGUAAAGCAUUCACUUUUUCCGGUCUUCUUUCAAAACAUGAAAGAACUCAUACAGGAGAGAAACCCUACGAAUGUAAAAAAUGUGGCAAAGCAUUCACUUCUUCCUGUUCUCUUCGAGUUCAUGAAAGAACGCACACUGGAGAGAAACCUUAUGAAUGUAAAAAAUGCAGUAAAGCAUUCAGUGUUUCCUGUUGUCUUCGAGAGCAUGAAAGAACUCACACUGGAGAGAAACCUUAUGAAUGUAAAAACUGCCCUAAAGCAUUCAAUUCUUCCAGUUCUCUUCGAGUACAUGAAAGAACUCACACUGGAGAAAAACCGUAUGAAUGUAAAAUAUGCAGUAAAGUCUUCACUGCUUCCAGUUCUCUUCGAGUCCAUGAAAGAAGUCACAGUGGAGAGAAAGCCUCAUGAAUGUCAGGAAAGUGAGACAGGCUUUACUUCUCAUGCAACCUUUUGAGGCUAUGCACAAAUGCACACUAGAGGAGAAACCAGGUAGAUAUAAACAAUUUGGGAAACACUUUUGUUAUCUCAGUUCUUCUUGAAGGCAUGAAAGGACUCACUUGAUAAAAACGUCUUGAAUGUGAACAGCAUGAGAAAGCCUUCAUUUGGCCUACAUCCUUCUCUGUGAAACUCCCACCAGCAAGAAAUGUAAAUGUAAGUCAUAUGAGAAAGCUUCAUGGAAUAAACUUUCAACAUGAAGAGUUGUUAUAAAAGUAGUAAACAUAUUGUAUUUAUCAAGCCUGUUUCUUAAAGUGCAGCAUUGGACUGUGGAUUUGUAUUAAUUACUUCAGAAAUGAAUAUUGAGGUGAGAUGAUUCUGCUAGUCAGCCUUCAUAAAUGGUAAAUAAGAUUCAUAGGUAGUGCUUUUCCCUUAAAUCAGUUAAUAAUUUUGUAUUUUUAGUUUUUUUAUAAUGUUUUAAUUGUUCUGUGUUACGGGGGUAUUGAAAAAAUGACAGUUUGUAUGUGGUGAUUUUCUUACUGGCCUUGUGUUUACAGCUCCUGGAUAUGCCUAAUUCAUUGUCUAUAUUGUACAUUUUAUUUUAACUUUUAAGAUUAUUACAACCUUGUUAAAUUUCAGUUGUAAA